AGCUGUGCCACCCUCCCUCUAUAAAUUGCCCCAUCUGAUCCUCCUGUUGACUCUUGUGAUCUUCCUCUCAGGGUUUGGUUUUGCACACGGAAAGGAAAGAUGAGGACUGUCAGCUGGAAUAUUUUACUUUUUUCUCUUUUCACCCUCUCUUCAGCGCAGGUCCAGAAGUGGUGCGGCGCCCCGGUGGAGUAUCCUCACACCAGGCUGGACAACAAGUACAGCAGCAGGCUGAAGUUCAGCAGCGGAGACAAAGUUUAUUAUAACUGCGCGGAGAAUUUCACCCCGUCCACAGGAAGCCGCUCUGUCCAGUGUCAGCUCGGGAAAUGGACCAAACUCACCCUCAAGUGCGAAAAGAAAUCCUGUGGCAACGCUGGUGACCUCCCACACGGACAGUUUCUGUAUCAAGGGAAUUCAUAUAUCGGUGAGAAAGUCUACGCCUCCUGCAACAAGGGAUACACCCUGAAAGGACUGAAUUACCUGGUCUGCACGGAGUCUGGGUGGACGGGGGAAUUCCCGUCCUGUGUAGAGGGCACGGCCACCUGCUCCCCCCCAGCUGUGAGCAACUCUGUGCAGAGAAGUGAAAACGUCUCUGAGUACCAGCUGGGAGACAACGUGACCUUCGCCUGCGCUCGGGGUUUCCUCCUGGACGGCGCCCAGCAGGUCACCUGCGGCCCCGGCGGGCGGUGGCAGCCGGAGCCUCCUCUGUGUCUGCCCUCACCCACCUCACCCGCCUCCACGCCGACCUCCUCGGGAAGAGACGUCUCUUCAGCGGGGCGGUGUGGCGCGCCGCCGCCUGCCGGAGACUCUCACGCCAGCCUGGCCGAUAAGUACACCGGCAGGACGUCGUUCAGCUCGGGCGAGAAAGUCUACUACGUGUGUGACGUUGGCUACGCUCCAGCUGUGGGCAGCAGGACUCGGCUGUGCAGCGACGGAGAGUGGACGCCUCUGAGGCUGCAGUGUGAACGGAAGUUGUGCGGCACUGCUGGAGAGCUGACCAAUGGAAGGUUCGUUUAUUCUGGAGUGGCGUUUGGAGACAAGGCUACAGCUGUCUGUGAAGAAGGAUACAGGCUUGUUGGACGUGCGACCAGAAACUGUCUGAGUGGCGGUUGGGACGGACGCAACCCUGAGUGUGAAGCUGUGGAGUGUGACGAGCCUCCUGAGGUGAAAAACGCAGAGAUGAAAGGACUGGAGGACCAGCCUUACAAGUACAGGAGCGUUGUUCAGUACCGGUGUCUCUCGGGAACCCUCUUUGGACAGAAGGAGCUCUGGUGCACCAAGAACGGGACGUGGAGCGAUCCUCCUCCUCAGUGCCAAGAGGUGACGUGCCCCUCGCCAGACGUGUCCAAUGCUUACUGGACAAAAUCUCAGUAUCGGAAACAUCAGUUCAGAAGCAGGAUAUUGAUCGAGUGUAAGAAGGGCUUCUACAGGAAGGGGCCCAGCUCCGUCAGCUGCAACAUUCAGGGCCAGUGGGAGCCCGAUCUGCCAACAUGUCUCCGCAAAACACGAAGAGGCGGGAGGGGAUAACAUGAAACACCAGCAGUGAAGCAAACCUGAAUACAUUCCUGCCAAAUGAAUUCAAAGCUAGACCUUUGUUAAUGCACUGACAUUCUGCUUCUCAUUUCAUCAUUGUACACACAUUAAAGUAUUUGAAAUAAAGCUGAAGCACAUGUUUAUUCUGAUAAAUGUUUAGGAAGUACAAACUUGUUUCACUCACUUCUACAUCGUUUUUCUUUUCCUUUAUUUUUUUUUUUUUUUUUACAGUUGAUAAUGUUAUGUGUAUCAUUUCUAUGGACUAAACGGUGAGUGAGCAUUUCAUGAACAAACAAGCUACAAGAAAAUAAGAACACCAAAUCCAUUCAUUUUAAAAAGACAAUACAAAAUCCAGACAUUUCUUUACAUGAGCAAUAACAAUUCAAGUGCAAAUAUCAUUAUCAACUCCGAUACAUCAUAGCAAACUCUCGUUUAAAAGGCAACGUUAAAAAAAAAAAAAAAGGGUUGCAGGAAAGAAGCGGAUUCUGGUGGACAGAGGGAGAGUUUUGGGUCCGACGG